AUGUUGGCUUCGUGGAAGGUAAUGCAGGCAGUUGCGACCGUGGGGCCCGUGUCUGUUGCCAUGGACGCCUUUCACGACAGCUUCCAGCUCUACUCGGAUGGCGUCUACUAUGAAGACGACUGUUCCACCACCAGACUGGAUCACGCGCUUCCCCCUAAAGUGCUGGUAGUAGGCUACGGCACCGAUAAGAACGGUGGCGACUACUGGCUGGUGAAGAACUCCGGGGGCUACUCUUGGGGCGACUUUGGCUACAUCAAGAUGGCGCCCAACCGCAACAACAACUGUGGCAUCGCCACUGUUGCCUCCUACCCACUCGUC